CAAAAACUGAGCUUUUCAAAAACGUUCUCCCAAGUGGGUAGGUAUGACGAUGUUGUUUUCGCGUUGUAGUGUGGACUGAGAAAACGGAGAUCUUCAAAAACAAUGGUGUAUUUUUUGUCAUGUGACCCAUUCAACUCAAAGCAAACCAGAUGGUGGAUGACGUUGUAAUGUCAAUUCCAAGAGACAGAAAAUAAAUAAACGCCUGACGGAAAUGAUGCAGGCCAAAGCGUCUUACGUGUCAGUGUGGACGAGCAGUUUUUGGGAAAAACGUGUGAAAACACCAGUGGAGACGAAAAUGCAGUUUUCAGAUCUAUCCGGACGUAUUAAUGUGGACGUUGUCCACAUUAAUCCAUCCAUUUAUCUGUUUUCUAUACCGCUUAUACUACUGGGCCACAGCGAACCUGGAGCACAAGGCGGGGUACACCCUGGACGGCGUGCCAAUCCACCGCAGGUCACACACACAUUCACACACCCAUUCAUACACUACGGACGUGCCAGUUAAGCUACCAUACAUGUCUUUGGACUGGGGGAGGAAACCGGAGUACCCAGAGGAAACCCCCGAAGCACAACUCCACACACACAGUUUUUCCCGCAGAAAAUCGACAGGAGCGUUUCGAAGGACGAAGGAAGACCCGACUCUCUUCAUCAGCCAUGUCGGCGGCGAGGGGACAAGCAGAUCCGCAGCGCUUCAACAUGAAUCACUACGCCACUAAGAAGACGGUGGCUGAAAGCAUGCUGGACGUAGCUCUGCUCAUGGCCAACGCUUCUCAGCUGAAAGCCGUGCUGGAACAAGGCCCCGGGUUUAAAUACUACCUGACUGUGAUUGUUCUCAUCACAGUCUCGCUCUUCUUCCAAGUGCUCGCUGGGGGUUUCUUCAUUCUCAUGGCACGUAAAGAUCUCAAUAUCGUCGCCAAUCAAAGAAAACUGGACGUAAUGAAUAACAUAGCGACUGCGCUAGUGUUCCUCACCGUCAUCAUCAACAUCUUCAUCACUGCGUUCGGCGUGCAGAAGACCGGGCUAUACCCCGACCAGUGAACUUUAAUGGAAGGUUACAGAUUGGAAACCUGAGAUUGCAGGACAUCUAUCAUCAGUGAAUCCUGGAAGCCUGUACGGGACAUUUAAAAUAAUAAUAAUAAUAAUAAUAAUAAUAAUAAUAAUAAUAACAAUAAUAACAAUAAUAAUAAAUAAAACACUUUAUUAUACUAUGUUCAGUACUGAUUACCUUUGCAUUGAUGGAACUUUAUAAGGUAUUUAACGUUAUAAAUUUCUUCGAUUUUUGUUUUAACAUAUCACUUUAAGCAUUCGAAUUUUCAACUGAUUCAUUUGCUCUUUUUUUUUUUUUUUAAA